GAGGCGGAAGAAGCUGUGCUCAGCAUCUGGCUGAUGUUCAAGCGCUCUUGGGGCAGGCUUCAGGCAGCUUUGGGUCAUUUAGAACCCAUUUUGCCUGGAAUUGAAUGCAGGGGCAAGCUAGGGUCACCACCUGCGGGCUGGGGGCGGGGCAGGCCACACACGCUGAGGGACGUGGAGGCCGGGUGAGUUAGAAAAAUGUGACCCCAAGACCCCGAACGCUGCCAGGCUCCCUCUCCUGUGCUCCACCUGCUCGUCAGCGCCCAGCGGCCAGCCGGCCAUGGCUAGCCCUGCGCCCUUAGUGGCUUCCAUCAGCCACCAAAUGGUGGCUCUGCAGACCCUGCAGCUGCUACAGCAGGAGUGGGGCUGGGGCGACGGUCCUAGCGCCCCUGGAAGCCCGCGCGGCCCGGACCACGUGCCUGUCGCCCAGGCUCGUCACUCAGGCCAGAUGCGGACCCGGCGUGGGCAGGGACGCGGGGUCGCGGGAGUGCGGAGCUGCCCCGAAGCAGGUGGGCUGCGGGGCGCAGAGGGGGGCGCCGAGCUGCUGCCCUUCCCCCGGGACCGUGGACCCUGCACCCUGGCGCGAAUGGCGAUGCGCAGCGCGCUGGCCCGCGUGGUGGACUCGACCUCGGAGCUGGUCAGCGUAGAGCAGACUCUGCUUGGGCCUCUCCAGCAGGAGCGGUCCUUCCCCAUCCACUUGAAGGAUAGUGUUGAGUUUAGAAACAUCUGCAGUCACCUGGCCCUGCAAAUUGAAGGACAACAGUUCGACAGAGACUUGAAUGCUGCGCACCAGUGUCUGAAGACGAUAGUGAAGAAGUUGAUCCAGUCACUUGCUAAUCUCCCUUCGGAUGCCCAUGUGGUUGCCUGUGCUUCCUUGAGACAAAUCUUACAGAAUCUCCCAGAUGUAUGAGCGUGAGAGACAGCCAGACUACUGCUGGCCCUGCUAAGAGAACUGGAUCUUUCACUUUCCUAAAAAAACUAACAGUGAUGGGUCUUUAUAUUCCCCCAAAAGACUUGAGAGUUCAUGUCUAAAUCUGAUCAAGAGCACCUGUAGCCUUCAGCAUGAUAGCAUGGCGAGUGCACAUAUUUUUAAAGUUGUAGUGCGUAUUUUUUUUUUGGUUUUAUGAGACAAGGUUUCUCUGUAUUGUUUUGGAGGCUGUCGGUCCAGCCUGGCCUCGAACUCACAGAGAUCCGCCUGCCUCUGCCUCCUGAGUGCUGGGACUAAAGGCGUGCACCACCACCGCCCGGCUAUAGUGCAUAUUUUUUAAGUACAUUGACUUUCUGCUGAUUUUCUGACUGAGACAAAGCUCUCUUUGUGGAGAGAAUUGGAUUGUAUACAUAUAUGUAUAUAUUUAUUAACCAUAUUAAGCAUUGGUUUUGACUGAAUGAUAUUUGAAUCUAUAUUUGUAUUGUUGUGGGUUAUAGGGCUUAACAGAGAUGCGUACAUUAGAAGGAUCAUGGCUCUUCACUUAAUGUGAGUGAAUGGGACAUUUAGUGACUGACACAUUCUGUUUGCUGGGCACUUCAUUAUAGGCAAUGACAGUGCUCUUUAGUCAUAGAACUACAGGUGUCAGUCAUUGUGAGUCUAGCAGUGUCAUUUGCAACUUACCACUGGGUAGAAGAACUGCUUCUAAACCUCUAUAUACUUAUCUGUAUAUUUAAGAUAAACUAUGGGUGUGCCAAGCUUAUGUGAUAUGUAAAUACAAGUACAUACUAUUAAAGUGUCAAUGUGGAA